AUGUCACCAGUAGCGACAAGCACCUUGACUCGGACCCAGCCUUCCACUGCGAAACUCGUACUCCGUGGUGAUUCAGAGCAGCCUAAGGAGAAUGCGCACAAGACUGAUCUUGCUAAGAAUCCCUUUGAAAGGGUGUGGAGGGGUAAUAGGGAGGGUACUAUUCGAAUGGGAGGUGUACCCAAAUUUGAGGAUCCAUAUGAGGAAAGAAAAUGGGUCAAAGAACAUAUGGCUGGCGCUUUCAGGUAUUGGGGUAAACUCGGAUUUGGUGAGGGAACGGCUGGUCAUAUCACGGUGAGGGAUCCGGUAUUAAAAGACCACUACUGGAUGAACCCAUUCGGUAUGCAUUUUUCAAUGAUCAAAGCCUCCGAUCUCGUCCUAGUCAGCCCUGACGGCUUUGUCACUGAACAUGGCGCCCAAUUGCCCAUCAAUGAAGCUGGUUACGUGAUCCACCACACAUUGCAUAAACUUCGACCCGAUGUGGUAGCGGCAGCUCAUUGCCAUAGCAUCCACGCAAAGACCUGGUCGGCUUUUGGUCGUCCGAUCGAUAUCAUGCAGCAAGACGCUUGUCUGUUUCACGACAAUCUCUCUGUCUAUGCAAACUAUGGAGGAAUCGUACUGAGUGACCAAGAGGGCAAGAAUAUAGCAGAGGCUUUGGGUCCUAAGAAUAUGUGUGUGAUUAUGCAGAAUCAUGGUUUAUUGACACUUGGACGAACUGUGGAUGAAUGUGUCUAUCUUUUCGCGCUACUGGAGAAGACUUGUCAACAACAGCUGUUAGCAGAGGCUGCCGAAGCAAAUGGUCUGAAGAAGAGGAUCAUUUCACCAGAAGAUGCCGCUUAUACAGCGGAGAACAACGGGUACUGGGAGACCAUGUACAACAAUUUCACUCCGGAGUUCGAAUUGUUGAAGAAAGAGACCAAUGGAGAGUUUCUGCAAUAG